CGGGGCAGGGCAGGGGUCGACACUGGAGAGAGAGAGAGGGGAGCGGGCAGCGGAAACGGGCAGCGUGCGAGCCAGUAGCGGCAGCAGCAGCAGCAGCAGCAGGCGGAGCGAGCCGGUGAGGGUCGAGACUCGAGCGAGAGGAGAGAGAGGCUCGAGUGUGCGGGAGACUGAAAGAAAGGUGGGCUUCGUUGGAGAGGAGGAGUCCGCAGACGGAGGAGAUCAGAGACGCAGAGAGCGAGAAGAGCGAGAAGUGCGAGAGAGAGAGAGAGGGAGAUAGAGAAGAGGAGGAAGGGGUUUUUAGGUUUGGGAUCCGGAGGGAGAGAGCGAGGGAGCGAGGGAUCUAUCGAUGCAUGCACAGGCGGGUGGAUCCAUCGAUCGAUCGAAAGGAGCAGCGAUCGCAGAGAAGCGGGGGCGGAAAAGAACGUGAAAUUCCGGAAUUGGGCAGGAAUGUGUGCAUAGUUGAGGAAGAAUUGCAGGGACGAAAGGUGUGGUCGAUUGGGGCGCGGAAGGUCGGGGAGGUGGAUUUCCAGGGCCAGGUGCGGUAGGUAGGCGAGGCGAGGGCUAGGAGCACCGCACAGCCGGGGAUAUGAAGUGCUGAUGAGGGGAAUCAGGAAAAGGAGGAGGAGAAGAACGCCGUGAAAAGGAAGAGUGUGCUUUGAAUGUGGGGUAUUUAGGAAGUCGAAGUAACUUGAGGCAAUAUGCAGCCACCGCCUAAGCCCGGGGGCCCCGGGGCACCAGGAUACAGCCCUUUUAAUCAGCCCCCGACCUCACAAAAUCAACCUUUAGCUCCUCCUGGUUCUCAAAGGCCAGUACCGCCAUGGCAACAGCCUCCCCCUGGACUGGCACAACCAUUUCGACCGGCGGGAAAUUUCGCGAAUCCCCCAGGACCGCCAAUGGGAGGUCCUCCUGCAGCUGCACCGGGUGCCACACCGCCAGUCGCAGGACCCGGAGGAGCGAGACCUCCAGGUCCUCCAGGAGCCUUCAUUCCUGGACAGAGUGUUAACGCCGUAUCAGGACCUCCUCCUCCAUCGUUUGCACGCCAACCUUCUGGUCCUCCUCCCCCCGGUGGGUUUCGACCUUCUGGACCCCCACCUCCUACAAUCGGAGCAUUGAUGAGUGCAGGCCAAGGUCCUCCUCAGGGUUCAGGAUUAGCUCCACCGCCGACGGGAGUUCAACCGCCUCCUAUGGGCAAUACAUUUGCCCAAGCUGCUUCGCCUGGGAAAAUUCCAGGUUAUCCAUCUCAAGUACCAUUAGGACCACCUCCCUCAAGCGGCCCUUUCAGCAACAACUUAUCCAAUCCAGUUCCACCUCAGUUUCCUGGUCAUAGUGGUCCACCUCCCACCUUUUCCACUCCUGCACCAGCACGGCCUCCUUACAACGCUCCUCCACAGAUGCUCUCAGCACAGUACGGUCCACCUCAGCCUGGUCCUCAAUUUGGGGCCCCUCCCAAUAGCUUCUAUGGUGCAUCAUCACCCAAUUCCACGCCAACGCAAGCACCAGAUGGAAAAUUAGGAAACUACGGACCUCCCCCAACGGCAGGAUAUGGCUACGAUCCCACAACAAGAGGUCUCCCUGAAGAAUUUCAGUCACUUUCAAUGGUUCCACUUCCUGGAUCAAUGGACGCAGGUGUAGAUCCUGGCUUGCUUCCGAGACCAUUAAAUGACAUGGAACCAGUUCCAUCAAGCUGGGCGGCUAAUUGUCAUCCGAGAUACUUGCGCCUCACAUGCAACUCGAUGCCCAAUUCUCAUUCUCUUGUUUCUCGCUGGCAUUUGCCUCUAGGUGCUGUUGUGCAUCCUCUCGCAGAGGCUCCACCAGGGGAAGAAGUCCCUGUUGUAAAUUUUGGUGCUACGAGUAUUGUGCGGUGUCGGAGAUGUCGGACUUAUAUAAACGCAUAUGUUACCUUCACCGACGGUGGAAGACGUUGGCGCUGUAAUGUCUGCGUCUUGCUGAAUGAAGUGCCCGUGGAGUACUUCUGCCCGUUAGACGCGAAUGGGAAGCGAAAAGAUGCUGACGAAAGACCAGAACUUUCUCAGGGUAGUAUAGAAUUUGUUGCACCGACAGAGUAUAUGGUGCGGCCUCCAAUGCCACCGGUGUACUUCUUCCUGAUUGAUGUGUCUGCAUCAGCGAUUAGAACGGGAAUGCUGCAGAUAGCUUGUGAGACCAUCAAGGCUAGCUUGGACAAGCUGCCUGGCUACCCAAGAACACAAAUUGGUUUCAUAACGUUCGAUAGUACUCUUCAUUUUUACAACUUAAAGUCUUCAUUGACCCAGCCACAGAUGAUGGUCGUUGCUGAACUUGACGAUCCGUUUUUACCUAUGCCGGACGAUUUGCUUGUCAACCUUUCUGAGUCACGCGCAGUGGUUGAGGCAUUGCUAGACAGUCUUCCUUCAAUGUUCCAAAACAAUUUGAACAUAGAAUCGGCUCUCGGUCCUGCGUUGAAGGCUGCUUUCAUGGUCAUGAGUCAACUUGGAGGGAAACUGCUUGUGUUUCAAAGUACCUUGCCAUCUUUAGGGGCUGGUAGACUGAAGCUGAGGGGAGAUGACCCACGUCUAUAUGGAACGGACAAAGAAUUCACCCUCCGUGUCACAGAAGAACAAUUUUACAAGCAGAUGGCUGCUGAUUUUUCAAAGUACCAAAUCGGGGUGAAUAUAUAUGCAUUUGCCGAUAAAUAUACCGACUUGGCGUCUUUAGGUACGCUUCCCAAAUAUACCGGAGGACAGAUUAUUCAUUAUCCCGGGUUUCAGCCCGAUUUUCAUGGGCAGAAGUUUUCCUAUGAACUCGGAAGAGAUCUCUCUAGAGAGACAGCAUGGGAGGCCGUCAUGCGCAUUCGUUGCGGCAAAGGAAUCAGAUUUAGCACCUUCCAUGGACACUUCAUGCUACGAAGCUCCGACCUGCUCGCACUUCCUGCAGUUGAUUGUGACAAAGCGUUUGCGAUGCAGCUGACCUUGGAGGACACUUUGCUAACAUCACAAACUGUUUACUUCCAAGUGGCUGUGCUAUACACGUCAUCAUCAGGAGAAAGACGUAUCAGAGUUCACACCAUGGCAGCUCCUGUAACGGCGGAUCUUGGUGAGAUGUAUCGAUCUGCGGACGUGGGGGCCAUUGCAAGUUUGAUGAGCAGACUGGCAAUUGAGAAAUCUCUGUCAUCAAAACUUGAGGACUCACGUCAAGCGGGACAAGCGAGGUUGGUCAAAAGUCUUCGAGAGUAUAAAACUCUAUUCGCUGUGCAGCAUCGUACAAGUGGGAGGUUGAUAUAUCCGGAAUCACUGAAGUUGCUGCCACUAUAUGUCCUUGCCAUCAACAAGUCUUUAGCUUUAAGAGGCGGUUUUAAUGAAGUUCAAGCCGAUGAAAGAUCUGCUGCUGCUUUUGAGAUGAUGAUUAUGCCAGUUUCACGCCUCCUAAAAUAUCUUUACCCUUCGCUAUAUCGAAUUGAGGACUACCUUUACCAGACUGCCAAGAGCAAAGCGGAUCCUGUUGAGUUGCCAGCAGCACUACCACUAACUGCAGAGAGACUUGACCCGCGUGGUGCAUAUCUCUACAAUGAUGGUUUACGCUUUGUCCUUUGGGUGGGGAAAGUUUUAUCAUUGGAUUUCGUCGGGCUCCUUUACGGCUCGGAAGCUGCUCAAGCUUCUGACUCAAGCAAGGCCUUUGUUGCUGAACAUGACAACGACUUAUCGAGGCGUUUCAUCGCUGUACUUAAUAAGUUAAGGGAAAAGAACACAGCUUUGCAUCAGGAUUGUCUUCUUGUGAGGCAAGGCGAGCAGCCAAGAGAAUCUAUUUUACUGCUGCAAAAUCUCGUAGAAGAUCGAACUGUACAACCAUUUGGUUACGUCGAUUGGAUGAUACAGAUUUACCGCUCCGUUCAGCAGACCUGAUCAGUUAACUGAGGGUGGUCAAUUGGCCUUCUGCAUAGCUCCUUUGGUGUGCAAUGCCUUUCUUUACUCAAUGAAAAAUUUGAUAAAUGGGCAAGGUAUAAUUUUGAGGUGAUGGAAAGGGAUGGGUGUCAGGAUUUGUAAAGGUUGGCGUAAUUACUUGGUGUGGUCAAAGAUGCCGAAGAGGUAUUGAAUGGCUGUUUGGCUGUUGUUGGUCCUACUAAUCGCUGCUUCUUAGUUUGGGUAAAAUAAAUGUUCAUUAGUAUUUCAAAGUAUAGGUCAGUAGACCCAUUUUUUUUCAUCAGUCCUAGGUUCUGUGGGGUCUUUGUGAUCCAUGCACAUUGCUAAAUACUGGCACAUCGAUAUAUCAGGCAUCUAUUGUAGAACGAGUACCCCUUUUUCCAAAGACAUUUCCUGGCUUUCAGGAGAAGUCGAGUUGCUGAAAAUAAAGGAGAUAUGCAAGGUUGCGAUUUUGGGUAGUUCAGAGCUUUGUUGGAUUCUUGACGUAAAUAGGGGAUGUUUAUCAUUUGCGAGUAUCUGUUGGGAUUUAAACUUUUCAUCUAUUGUUUUAAAGAGUUGUUUCCUUGAACUAC